AUGUUUAGCUCUCGUUCUGUGAGCUCGACGCUCUCAAAAAGUAAUCAAGAAUUGGAGAAACGAAAAAAGAAUGCAAUCUUUCUUGGAGACGUAGAUGCACGAUCUAAUAUCAAGCAAAUUAGUUUAAUUAAAACACUCGGAGAGGAAUUUGAUGUUUAUUAUUCUUCCAGAAAAUUCAAUCAUAAUAAGGAACACAUGCAUGAAAUCAAAGAGCCACGACAAAAACACAAGAGUAACAAGUACAGUACAACUGUUUCUGAUUUUUUAAACCCAAAUAUAGACAGUAUUGAAACGUUAAAGGCAUACUCUAUAUGUUGUGAAAUAUUGAGCUCGGAAAUUCUUUCAAAAGACGCGGAAUCUACAUCAGAUAUUUUGGGAGGAUCAGAUUUGGAAUUUUAUUACUUUGUCAAAUUAAAAGCCACCAGUGAAGGCAAAAUGGUCAUUCUGUUCGGAGAAAAGUUCAACGUGGAAAUGAAUGUUUGUCAAGCUGACGACAAUGCUGAACAGGAACAUGCUUCGUCCUCAUUGUCACACCAUUAA